AUGUCACUAGGGGAGGUGACAGCUCCCUCCUACCCAAUGAAAGUUUACGAUGCCAAGGAUUUACAAGGUCCCCUUACUGCAGUUUCCAGCCCCAGUUCCCCCGAGGCCCCAGACAUCCCAGCCUGCCCUUCUCUGGGCCAGAAGAUAAAGAAAUCCACCCCGGCAGCAGGUCAGCCACCCCAGCUGACGUCCUCGCAGAACCAGGACACCAUCUCUGAGCUUGCGUCAUGCCUCCAACGGGCCCGGGAGCUGGGGGCAAGAGUCCGAGUGCUGAAGUCCAGUGCCCAGGAUGCUGGGGAGUCCUUUACCCCAGAGGCCAAGGGCCGCCCUGAGGAGCCAUGUGGCGAGAAGGCGCCCGCCUACCAGCGCUUCCAUGCCCUGGCCCAGCCUGGCCCACCGGGGCUCGUGCUGCCCUACAAGUACCAGGUGCUGGCGGAGAUGUUCCGCAGCAUGGACACCAUUGUGGGCAUGCUCCACAACCGCUCUGAGACGCCCACCUUUACCAAGGUCCAGCGGGGCGUGCAGGACAUGAUGCGCAGGCGUUUUGAGGAGCGUAAUGUUGGCCAGAUCAAAACCGUGUACCCGGCCUCCUACUGCUUCCGCCAGGAGCGCGGUGUCCCCACCUUCAAGGAUGGUGUUAAGAGGUCAGAUUACCAGCUCACCAUCGAGCCACUGCUGGAGCAGGAGGCUGACGGAACAGCCCCUCAGCUCACGGCCUCGCGCCUCCUGCAGCGACGGCAGAUCUUCAGCCAGAAGCUGGUGGAGCACGUCAAGGAGCACCACAAGGCCUUCCUGGCCUCCCUGAGGCCCCCCAUGGUGGUGCCGGAGGACCAGCUGACCCGCUGGCACCCACGCUUCAACGUGGAUGAAGUGCCCGACAUCGAGCCAGCUGUGCUGCCCCAGCCACCCGCCACGGAGAAACUCACCACUGCUCAGGAGGUGCUGGCCCGGGCCCGCAGCCUGAUGUCACCCAGGAUGGAGAAGGCCUUGAGUCAAUUGGCCCUGCGCUCUGCUGAGCCCAGCAGCCCCGGGCCCCCCAGGCCAGCACUGCCGGAUACCCCACCAGCCACCCCGCCUGCAGCCUCUCCCAGCGCUCUGAAGGGGGUGUCCCAGGAUCUGCUGGAGCGGGUCCGAGCCAAGGAGGCACAGAAGCAGCUGGCACAGAUGACACGGUGCCCGGAGCAAGAGCAGCGGCUGCAGCGCCUAGAACGGCUGCCUGAGCUGGCCCGCGUGCUGCGGAGCGUCUUUGUGUCCGAACGCAAGCCUGCGCUCAGCAUGGAGGUGGCCUGUGCCAGGAUGGUGGGCAGCUGUCGCACUGCCAUGAGCCCCGGGGAGAUGGAGAAACACCUGCUGCUCCUCUCCGAGCUCCUGCCAGACUGGCUCAGCCUUCACCACAUUCGCAACGACACCUACGUCAAGCUGGACAAGGCCGCGGACCUGGCCAGUAUCACUGCACGCCUGGCCCGCCAGGCCCGCGCUGAAGAGGGGCUGUGAGCCUGGGGGCCACUGGACAGAUGGGGGCUUCAGGCUCACUGGCCUGGGGCCACUAGCGUUUUCUUUUAUGAACAUGAUGCACUUUACUUUUCCUUUCCGGAGUGCCCCUGAGGGCCAGAGGCAGAGCUGGGCUGCAGGCUGCACAGCCCGAGGGUCUUUGGCUGCAGGUGGUGGCCCCUGCAUGGGGCUCACCUGGUGGAUUCACAUUAAACCGGUUUCUGUGGGCA